CGUUGCCGGUGUAAAAAGAUGUCACUUUUUUUUUAGGUGUGCGGAUUUACAAAAGGAAAAUACUCUUGGCAGAAGAAAAGCCGUUGAUGUGAGCGGUUUAUGCCGUUUUUACUCUGCAGACGCCAUGUAGCCCACUUUUUCUCGGCCGAAGCUCGGAACUACCGCCGAUCUCCAUGGUAACCGUCUGGGUGCCCGGAUUUGGUGAUGUCAGCCAUCAGCACAAUGGCGGCGGAGGGGUGUCCUGUGGUGAAUGAGGAGAGCUGCGAGAUAACGCAAUACGUAGCCGAGUUCGUAGAGAAAGAAUUGGGAAAUGACCCCAAAUCUUUAAAGAAACUCCCUCAAAUAACAGAGGAGCUAGCGCUGUACAAAAAAACUCUGGAGGAACAGGUUCUUACUGUCUCAUCUGAAGUGCCAAAGAAAAUUGAAAAUGCUUUCAAGAAUGCUGAAAACUCCAAGAAGUUACUAAAUGGCAUACUUAAGAAAGAGGCAAUCUUAGCUGAGUCUAUCAACAAUCAUCUACUUACAGCCCAGCCAUUAAUGGAAGAAUUGAAAGUAUCGAUUGGACAGAUUGAAGAGAUCGAGCGACACCUCUGGUACUUGAAAUGGAUUUCACAAAUAGAAGAGUUAAGCGAUUGCAUUCAGCAGCACCUAAUGACAAACAGUGUCUCAGAUGCUGCCAAUACCCUGAUUUCCAUGGCAGAAUUAGAUAUAAAGCUUCAAGAAUCAUCUUGUACUCAUCUGCUUGAUUUCACAAGAUCCACUGUCAAAUUCUGGCAUAAAAUUCUCAAGGACAGACUGACCAAUGAUUUUGAAGAAGUCUUAAAGCAACUGCAUUGGCCUUUCAUUGGACCCCAGCAAUCCCAGACUCUUGCACUGGCAUCAGUGACAAAUUCAACAGAACUCAACAACAACCUAGAAACACUAUUCAUUCAACUCCUCAAAUUGCAGACAUCAGAUGAACUAAUAACUAAACCGAAGCAGUUACCAGAGAAGUAUGAUAUUCCACCAUCCCUGCCUAUUGCAAUUCCCAUUCAGCUUAUGCUACUGCCACUGCAGAAGAGAUUUAAAUACCACUUUUCUGGCAACAGACAAACGAAUAUGCUAACUAAGCCAGAGUGGUACCUGACGCAAGUGCUGAUGUGGAUUGGAAACCAUAGCAAGUUUUUUGAACAGAAAAUUCAGCCCAUAAUAGAUAAAGCAGGGUCUUCUUUGGAUGCCAGGCUGGAGUUCUCACGGGGUCUUGUAAUGCUGGUUUUGGAGAAGAUGUCUGCUGAUAUUCCAAGGCUCCUUUAUGAUGAUAGCCUGUUUUGUCACAUGGUAGAUGAAAUAUUGUUAUUUGAAAAAGAACUGCAUAGUGCCCAUGGCUAUCUUAACAGCCUCCCAAGCUGUAUGCACAUCCUCUCAGAAGAGACCUGCUUUCAGAAAUGGUUGACAGUGGAAAGAAAAUUUGCUUUAGAAAAGAUGGAUUCAGUGCUGUCUUCAGAAGCUGCAUGGACAUCCCAGUAUAAGGACAUUAUGGAUGUAGAUGAGAUGAAAGCUCCAGAUUGUGCUGAAACAUUCAUGACGCUUCUUUUAGUAAUUACAGAUCGGUACAAGGGUCUUCCGACAGCAGGCCGAAAAUUGCAGUUUUUGGAACUGCAGAAAGAGCUUAUAGAUGAUUUCAGGAUUCGUCUGACUCAAGUGAUGAAGGAAGAAACCCGUUCUCCACUAGGAUCCCGUUACUGUGCUAUUCUAAAUGCUGUCAACUAUAUAGCAGCAGUAUUAGCAGAUUGGGCAGAUAAUGUAUUCUUCCUCCAGCUUCAGCAAGCAGCACUCGAGGCAUGUGGAGAGAGCAACAAUAUGACUGAGUUGCAGCUUGGCCAGCUGGCAUCACUUGAAAGCUCCGUCUUUGAUAACAUGAUUGACUUGCUAGAACGUCUCCGACAUGAUAUGUUGACAAGACAAGUAGAGCAUGUCUUCAGAGAAGUGAAGGACAAAGCAAAACCUUACAAGAAAGAAAGGUGGUUGUUUUUGCCAUCUCAGUCGGAUCAAGCAGUGAUGUCCUUGUCUAGUUCAGCCUGUCCAAUGUUACUGACUCUUCGAGAUCUAUUAUUGCAGUUGGAGCAGGAACUCUGUCAUUCACUUUUUAAAUCUUUUUGGCAAAUGCUUGCUGAGAAGUUGGACUUAUUCAUCUACCAAGAUAUUAUAUUGGCAAAUCACUUCAAUGAAGGUGGAUCAGCACAGCUGCAGUUUGACAUGACACGGAAUCUUUUCCCACUGUUCGCUCACUAUUGCAAGAGACCAGAAAAUUACUUCAAGCAAGUGAAAGAAGCUUGUAUCAUCCUGAACCUGAAUGUGGGUUCAGCAUUAUUAUUGAGAGAAGUCCUCCAGACUACUUCUGGUUCCAUGACUGGUUCCAUUGAACUGCCCACAGGUGUUGCAACUCUGAAUGAAAUUGGAGUUUAUAAACUGGCCCCACAGGACGUUGAGAUCCUUUUGACUCUAAGAACAAACUGGCCAAGUUCAGGCAAAUAAGUAAACAUUUGAAACAUAAUAGUAACAUAACUGCCCUUCUCUGUAACCAUGCAGGCUGUGCAUGGUAAACAGAAAUGAAAUUGUUAAUUAAACAAUGAAUAACAUGCCAGCUAAGAAUGUUGUGUUUUAUAUUCCAUUGAAUUUAAAACAAUUGACAAGAAAACAGAGUCUAUGUUUUCUAUGGACUAACUUGUGUACAUGAUUUGUUCCUUCUAAGCAGCUGUUAUGAAUAAUAAUAAAAAAAGAUUGUUGGCUCUAAGCAUCAGAACCUAUAAAAAUGAUAGAACAUGUUAAAAGCUAUUCCAAAAUCAUUCAAAGCAUGUGAUAAAAUUGACUUUUUCUUUAAAAUUUGUACACAAUUAUCUUAUGGAAGUUAAUAUUAAGAAAUUGUGUCUGAUCCAGUUUACAUUGCUGAGGAUGGUUAAUUAAAUCUCUACUCACUGUAUCAUUGCUCUCUUAAACUGAUUAAAUCAGAUUUGCUUUGUUUUUACACUUUUUGUGUGCUGGUUUACUGAAAUGUUUUUUGCACUGCCUCAUUGGAACAUCAGUGAAGUUCUGUGAUGUGAUGCACAUCAACCAUAGAUAUCAGGUUGGCAUGAAGCACUUCACAGGUCAUCAGGAGCAAGGCUUACUUUUGGGUGUUUUCUGAGAUGAGCAAGACUACAUAAGUGGAAAAUUGCAGUUUAAUGGGCCAUAUGUAUAACAAAACUUUAUUCUAAAUGAUCCAAAAUUGUCCUGGUGUGUGAAUUUUAAUGGAGUAUUUUUAACCUAAUGUGCCUGGUGGGAAGCUAAUGUAAUCUAAAAUUGGCUAGUGUGUGAUUUGAGCAAUCUGUCAGUUUAUGGGCAUGCUGGAGAUUACACAAGAAUUAAAAUUGCUCCUGUGCUUUGAAAGCAGCUCUUAUCCUUUCCCAUUGAUUUUCUUUGCUUUCAUUUCUCUCUCUCCCCAGUUAGUCCCUUUAGAGAUGAACUCUAAUGUUAUAUUCUUAGCUGC